GGGCACAACAUACAACUCAGCCCCGAUAUGCCGAAUUCUCAUCUCGUAAUAUGUAUAAGCAUAGUCAGAUACAUCGUGUGGCGAGAUUCCUUCGUGAUCUAGCGGGUUCUGACAGCCUGACCGGCCAUGAAGAAAGGAUAAUUGAGAUGUAGACAUGGUAAGCAGCGGAAUUAACCCGCGCUUUCGCUCUUCAUUUGGUACUGUACUAUAAAAUAUUGUUUUGUUACUAGAAAGAGACCGAAGAUAGUCCUGCAAUAGUAUCAAGUUCCGCAACCAUCGCCAUGUCUGUCACCAAUCCCCUCAACGUCUUCAAGGGCGCCGACUCGAUCAAACAAUUCUUCAAUCCGGAUGAACAGCCUCCUGUGCCUUUGGUCGAGCUACCACCAAAGCUCAACCCAUUCCAUGCCGAUGGCGUGCGUAUCUACGCAAAACUGCUCACAUGCCUGCCAGCGCAGAAUGUCAAGGCUCUACCUGCAUUGAACAUGCUCCUCAACGACCCCUCCUCCGCGAACAAAAGCGUCGUGGAAGUCAGCUCCGGCUCUACCGUGACUUCGCUCGCCAUCGCAGCCCGAGUCCUCUACGACAACGACAACUCGACCGCCUACGUCUCCAACAAAGCCGCGCUUGACCGAGUACGCGAGCUCCAAUUCUACGGCCUUAAGGUCGAUCUCUACGGCGGGCCCACAUACACCGAGACCACAGACCCGCGAGGCCCCGUCGAAUGGGCGCGCGGGCUGGGCAAGCGAAGCGACAAGGUCGUGAACCUCGGCCAGUACGACAACGAGCAUAACUGGAAGUCGCAUGAGCGAUGGACGGGGCCUCAGAUCUGGCGACAGCUGCCCGAGAUCAACGUCUUCUGCAUGGGGAUGGGGAGCACGGGCUGCGUGACUGGGACGGGGAAGUAUCUGAAGGCGCAGAAGGAGUCGGUCAAGGUCAUAGGUGUUUGUAAUGCGGAAGCAGACAUUAUCCCGGGGCCAAGGGAGAAGCCUAUGCAUAAGACGAGCCCGUUUCCGUGGAAGGAUGUGGUGGAUUUUCUGGAGGUGGCGAGCUCGGAGGACUCGUACCGGUUGUCGCUGAGGUUGUCGAGAGAGGGGAUCAUUGCGGGGCCUUCGAGUGGGAUGGCGUUGCAGGGUCUCUUUGAGUUUGCUCAGAGGGAGAAGGAUAAUGGAACUCUGGGGAACUAUGCUGAUCCGGAGACUGGUGAGGUCUCGUGUGUUUUUGUCUGCUGUGAUCUGCCGCAGAAGCAUAUUGAGACCUACUUUAAGAAGCUCGGUCCUGAGGAGUUCAAGCCAAUUGGGAACCAGGAGCUGUUCAAAGUGGACCAAAACGUCUACAGUUUCCGAUGGGAGAUUGAUCCCCAGGAAAUCCUUGACUCGAUGCCCGAAAUCACAAACGGAGUGACUGGAUCACCUGCUGUGCGCUUCUUGGAUCUGCGCUCGCAGGCCGACUUCGAGUCUGGACAUGUCAAAGGCGCAUUCAAUGCGCAUCUACCGGGUCUGAGUGCGGAUACUAUCACGCCUUUUAAUUUUGACGAGAUCAAUACGCUCGUUGAGCAAUCCAAGAGGCUGGAAGAAUUGCUUCAGGAACAGGCUAUUUCUGACUGGAUCUCCAACGACGGUCCUCCGAUCGUUGUUGUCGAUUAUAACGGAGAUACUUCGCGUAUCCUGGUGGCAGCUCUGCGGGCCAAGGGAGUUGAGGCGUAUACCUUCAUUGAUGGUGUCCCUGGGCUUCAGAAAUAUCUUGAUAGCUUAAGGUCUUGA